CGGACUUACAGUGCAAGAUUUCACUUCCAUUGAUCUUCGUUAGUCAUCUUCAUGGAUCACUUCUUGUUUUCUUGUAAAUGGUCAUCUAAUAGUCGUCAAACUGAUUACACCAUACAAAUGAUUUCAUAGUUAGCGAUCUUCACAUAUCAAUUUUUGUUUUCUUUCACUCAUUGCAAAAUAAAAAUUCAAAAAGAAGAAACGAGAAGUAGAAGAUGAGGGGGGAACACCAACUUUUCAAUCUUUCUCAACUUUGCUUCCCUUUUCAUCCAAGUCCCAAGCUUUUAGCCUCUCCCCCUUUUCAUUGUUCUCCUUUCCCCACCCCUCUCUCUCUCUCUCUCUCUCUCUCUCUCGGUCUCUCUCUGUGUGUCUUUCCUGAUCAGAUGUUGCAGUUAGGCAUAUACUAUCUUGCAAUUUAGAGCCCAAUCCCUUCUUUAUUCCCAGCACCAUCAGCCGCAGCCUCCCCCUUCCUCAGCAUGGGCUCGACAGGCAACCCGAACCCGUGGGCGCCGUACAACACGUAUAAGGACUGUUCGCUCGGAAUCUGCAGCAUAUACUGCCCGCAGUGGUGCUACAUCGUGUUCCCGCCUCCCCCUCCUUCUGACUCCGAGGACGGGUCCGGUAGCUACUUCUCGCCCCUGGUGAUUGCGGUGAUCGGGAUCCUCGCGAGCGCUUUCCUCCUCGUGACUUACUACACCCUUGUCAGAAGGUACUGCGGGAGGCGGCGCCAGCAUCAUCAAGGCAAUCAUCAUCAGGUAGCGGAUGAUGCCAACAUCGGUAUGGUUAAUGAGGCAAACAGGCAGGUCAAUGGCAGCGGGGCCUCCGGGUUGAAUGAGUCGAUCAUAAAGUCGAUAACCGUAUAUAAGUACCAGAAAGGGGAGGGCCUGGUCGACGGUACGGAUUGCUCGGUCUGCCUCAGCGAGUUCGAGGAGAAUGAGAGUCUCCGGCUGAUGCCGAAAUGCAACCACGCCUUCCACCUCCCUUGCAUCGACAAGUGGCUCAAGUCGCACUCCAGUUGCCCUCUCUGCCGCUCGAACAUUGCUUCGCUCGGCGCCCUCCCUCCAGCCCAGUCGUCACGAGUCGCCCCGAAUCAACCGCCAUCGACUGCUGUACUAAACGUUAACUCACACGCGUACUGUCGGGCAACUGAUGCAGUGCCUGUCCUGGUGAUUCAGGAUGAUCAGAGACUCUUAGUCCGGGACGAGACCGUGAUCAGCCUGUUCUGCGAUGGCAGUGUCUCGGCAGCAUCAAAAGCGCCAUCUCUGGGUAACUCGGAUAGCCCGGGCCCCAAUGAGAGCAAUCGAAUCGGGCAAGAGGCUCCACGGGGAAUCAUGAAGAGGUCAGUUUCUCUUAAUUCUUCGCUCUGGGGACAAGGGGGCGCUUCCAUCUCGGAUCAUCAGGAUCAAACUGAAAACCGGAACCUGCGAUUUUCGAUCGCAAUUGGGAUCUCGGGAUCGCCUAAUGUAAGAGAAUCAAACGAUACUAUAGGGACUAAUAACAUCUUAGCCGCUAGUCUCCCUGAAAUAAAGAGAUCAAUUUCCACAGGGAGGUUUAUCUUAGGAAGGUGUAGCCCAGGGAGGACUUGAGUCUCGCCCACUUGAAAGAGGUACAAAAACAGAUAGUUAUUUCUUCUUCUUUUUUUCCCUUAUUCUUUAUUCUGUACAAAUAACAAAUUUUUAUUGAUGCGAUACGGUAUUACCGAGGUCCAGCUUAAUUAGACUUUCGUAUACACGACUCAUGCAUUUUGUCCCAUAAA